AUGAACAAGAUGUCCUCUUCUGGAGUGUAUUCACUUUUACCAUUAGCAUUACGUUCACUUAACAAGAUAGAAAAAAUAAUAGAUCUUGAAAUGACAAAUAUUGGUGCACAAAAAUUAUCUCUUCCAAACUUAUUGAGUGCUAAUGCCUGGAAACGGACAGGACGUUGGGAAUCAGCUGGUAGCGAGCUAUUUCGCCUCAAAGAUAGGAAGGAAUCUGAGUUCUGUCUUGCACCUACACAUGAAGAAGAAAUUACUCUAUUAGUCGGACACGAGGUUGCAUCAUACAGGCAACUUCCAUUACGAUUGUAUCAAUUAGGUAGAAAAUAUCGUGAUGAAAUGCGACCUCGCUAUGGUCUACUCCGUGGACGGGAAUUCAUCAUGAAAGAUUUAUAUACAUUUGACGUUAGUGAAGAGGAUGCUCUAAGAACAUAUGAGGAAGUCUCAAUUGCUUAUAAAAAAAUUUUCGAAAAGAUCGGAGUUCCAUUUGUUAUCGCUGAUGCAGAUUCAGGAAAUAUUGGAGGGACUAAAUCACACGAGUUUCAUUUUUUAUCUCCAGUUGGAGAAGAUUUGAUAUUAACUUGUCCUCAUUGUGGUUAUUCGGCAAAUGAAGAACGUGCACACGGACUUGUUUCUCCAACAAAACAAAUAUCUUCUCAUGUAAAUCAAAAGCAAACGGUUAACUUUGGGAUUGGCAACAAUAAUAGACUUAUAAUAAGCAUAUUAGAAUUCGGACGCGUUUUAAAUGUAUCCAAGCUAAAAGCUGCAAACUCUGAGAACUUUGAAAUUAUUCCAAUUAGAAAUGAUAAUGUAGAUAUAAAAGAUAUUCUAAAUAAUAACAAUUUCGAGGCUGUUGAUAUUUACGUUGACAAUACUUUUCAGAAAAAUUUAUCCGAUUUAAAGUCCAAUCAAUUAUUCAACAAAAUAAUUUCUGAAAUACAAUCUAUUGUAAAGCAUCCUACCAGUAUACAUCAUGGUGACUUUCAUAACACUUCUCCAGGUGAUGAAUGUCCUGUAUGUUCCAUAACCUCGGUUCUAAAUCAUUCUGAAAGUCUUUAUCCUCUUUUUGGUCAUCGUGCCAUUGAGGUUGGUCACACUUUUCUUUUAGGUACGAAAUAUUCAGAACCUUUAAGAGCUACAUUUGCACCUGAAAAUGUUGGAGAACUUAGGCCAAUUCAAAUGGGAUGUUACGGUCUUGGGAUUUCAAGGAUCCUUGCUGCAAUCAUCGAAACUUCACAUGAUGAGUAUGGUAUAAUUUGGCCAUCGUCCGUUGCACCUUAUAAAGUUUGUAUUAUUCCAAGCUCAGAUGAACCAACAAUACAGGAAUUAACGCGAAAUUUAUUCGACUUGUUAACUUCAACCAGCCAUGAAUUGAAUGGUGAAAUACUUAUCGAUGAUAGAACCAAUUUGUCUUUAGGUUACCGGAUAAAGGAUUCUGAGUUAGUUGGUUAUCCAUGGAUGAUGAUAUUAGGAAGGAGAUUUUUAGAUAGCGGAAGGGUUGAGGUACACGAAAGAAAAACAAGGCAAAGAAUUGAUUUAAAGUUUGAUGAAAUAGGAAAUUUUUUACUCAAAUCACAUGAUGUCGAUCUUUGUUAA